UUUGCAAAAUUUAUUAUUGGCAGACGAAUCAUAGCAACGGGUGCAUAAACAAAUGCGAAAUAAAACACUUUUCAUUCGUUAACCAAAGUGCGCAUUGAGGCAAAAGUUUCAAAUUGUUGUUAACCGUUAACAGUUGAAGUCCAAAUAUGCCGCAGGAGCAGGCAACGGCGACAUCGUCGCAGAAGCUCGAUGACGAAAUCGAAAAUGUUCGCGUUGUGGUCCGUUCCAGGCCCAUGGACACAAAUGAGGAGUCCAUUGGAGCACUAAGCGCCAUUCAGGUGGAUAAGAUCAACCGCGCCAUUACCGUUAUCAAGCCGAAUGCCACCGCCAACGAGCCGCCCAAAACAUAUUACUUUGACAACGUCUUCGACGGUGGCUCCAACCAGCUGGACCUGUAUGUGGACACGGCGCGUCCCAUUGUGGACAAGGUGCUGGAGGGCUAUAAUGGCACCAUAUUGGCGUACGGCCAGACGGGCACCGGCAAGACAUACACCAUGUCCGGCAAUCCGGACUCUCCGCAGACCAAGGGCAUCAUUCCGAAUGCAUUUGCGCACAUCUUUGGGCACAUCGCCAAGGCGCAGGAGAAUCAAAAGUUUCUGGUGCGCGUCAGCUACAUGGAGAUUUACAACGAGGAGGUGCGCGAUCUGCUCGGCAAGGACGUGAGCAAAAGCCUGGAGGUCAAGGAGCGGCCGGAUAUUGGCGUCUUUGUCAAGGAUCUCAGCGGCUAUGUGGUGCACAAUGCGGACGAUCUGGAGAAUAUCAUGCGACUGGGCAAUAAGAAUCGAGCCGUCGGCGCCACGAAAAUGAAUCAGGAGUCCUCGCGCUCGCAUGCCAUCUUCUCGAUCACCGUGGAGAGCAGCGAACUAGUCGAGGGCGGCAUGCAGCAUGUUCGCAUGGGCAAGCUGCAGCUGGUCGAUCUGGCCGGCUCGGAGCGCCAGUCCAAGACACAGGCGACCGGACAGCGCCUGAAGGAGGCCACCAAAAUCAAUCUGUCGCUCUCGGUGCUGGGCAAUGUGAUCAGCGCCCUGGUGGAUGGCAAGAGCACGCACAUUCCCUAUCGCAACUCGAAGCUGACGCGCCUGCUGCAGGACUCGCUGGGCGGCAACUCCAAGACGGUCAUGUGCGCGACCAUCAGCCCAGCGGACUGCAAUUAUAUGGAGACGAUCUCGACGCUGCGCUAUGCGAGUCGGGCCAAGAACAUACAGAAUCGCAUGCACAUCAACGAGGAGCCGAAGGAUGCGCUGUUGCGGCAUUUCCAGGAGGAAAUCGCGCGGCUGCGCAAGCAGCUCGAGGAGGGCAGCUUCGAGGACGAGCUGCUGCCCAGCGGCGAGGGCGAGGGCGAGGACGAGGAAGACGACACCUGUGACGAUGAGCUUGAAGAGCCGCUAGAAAUUGAGCUGGAGUCGGCGUGUGCUUCAGGCGCUGUCAGUCCCAGCGGCAAGAAGAUUCGCAAGAAGCGCGAGAAGACGGACGAGGAGAAGGAGGAGCUGGCCAUGCGCAAGAGCCAGCAUCUGCGCGAGAUCGAGCAUGCCCGAACGGAGCAGGAGCUGCUGCGCAACAAGCUCUUCUCGCUGGAGGGCAAGAUUCUGGUGGGUGGCGAGAAUCUGCUGGAGAAAGCGCAAACCCAGGAGAAGCUAUUGGAGCAGUCCAUUGCGGAGCUGGAGGAGCGCGAAAAAACCGAACAGGCGCUGCGGCAAACGCUCCAGCAAAAGGCCACCGAACGCAUCGACAUCGAGGAGCGCUACUCCACGCUGCAGGAUGCCAGCACGGGCAUCACCAAGAAGAUCCAUCGCGUCAUGCAGAUGCUAAUGGGCGUCAAAUCGGAGCUGGCCGAUCAGCAGCAGGAGCAUCAGCGCGAAAAGGAGGGCAUCUACGAGAACAUACGCAGCCUCUCACGGGAGCUGGCACUCUGCGAGCUGGUGCUCAACUCGUACGUGCCCAAGGAGUACCAGUCCAUGAUCAAUCAGUAUACACACUGGAAUGAGGACAUCGGCGAGUGGCAGCUGAAGUGCGUCGCCUACACCGGGAACAACAUGCGCAAGCACAUCGAGCACAAGAGCGGCGGCAAGGAGCCCGAAUUUGUGGAUCUGUCGCAUGUGUAUCUCAGCUACAAUACGGACGGUGUCUCCAAUUCCAUGGGCGCCGCAUCGGCGCGUCCACGCACCUCAGGCGUGCCGCGACCCACAACGGCGCGUCGCUACUGAAGCCAUCAAUCUCUAGUCCUUGUGCCGGUCCAGUAUCUGGGGCUGCGGGCGCAGUUUUGGUUUUUGUUGUUGUUGCUCUUGCUAUUUUACGGCUUGAAAUUCCUUUGCUCAGCGAAAUUCGGCUCUUAACUGUAUUAUUCUUUAAUUUGUUGUUAAUUUAUUAAAUAGGUGUCUGCAAUAGUUACGAAUUAUACUUUUAGGUUGAACCAGGGUGCAAUAUGUUUACGUCUACUUUUAGUUUUACACUAUAAUUUAUUGUAUCUCACUAAGCAUAACAUUUUACAAAUAGCUGACGGUUGCAUAAGACAAAUACG